GCGAGGUGGCCGGCGAGCAAACGCCGAGUCAGCCAGUUGAUUGUUCUGCGGUGAUAAGGGAGGUGCGAUUUCGGCUCGUCAGGUACGCCGUUUUGCGGGGCUCGAUCUCUGGACUCGAUAAGACGUUUGGUGGUGUGCCGGCUUGCAGCGGAGCAGUUGGCGGAGAGGUCUGCAGAACGCUGCUCUCAGAAGUCGCCCCGAGUCGAACCGAGCCAAGUCGGGUAAACCGGCGAGGCUGCCCCUCGAGCCGAGCCGCCGCGUGAUUCUGAGCGAGUCUCCGCGCACCCCGCCGACCGACCCCGACCCGCCGACCGCCAUGGACAUGAGCACGGCCAGCCAGCAGCAGCACGACCCGAGCGGCGGCGAGCACGCCGGCGUGGCGGCGGCGCGCUCCUGGUACGACCACCAGCAGCGUCUGCUGGAGAACCCGCCGGCGCCCUGCCUGCCCGCCUCCGAGGACGUCGAGACCUACCUGCCCACACUGGAGGCCAGCGCCGGCCGCGCCGGCCACCGCUACUUCGGCGCGGCGCACGCGGGCUACGCGCCGGCGCACCCCGACUGGGGCUCCCGGAUGGCGCACUUCCCGUCGCACCUGCACUCGAUGAUGCCGGGCGGCUCGUGGUACACUCCGCUGGCCUCUCGCGGCGUCCAGAACCCCAUCAUCCCGACGUCGAGUCCGCACCUGUUCUCGUUCCCGCCGACGCCGCCCAAGGACGCGGCCGCUGAGGCCGCCGCCGCCGCCGCCGCCUCGUCCAGCGCCGCGGCCGACUACGGCCAGCACCAGCACCAGCAGCACCACCACCAGCAGCACCCGCAGCAGCAGCCGCAGCAGCAGCAGCAGCCGCAGCAGCAGCAGCAGGCGCCGCCGCAACACCAGCAGCAGCAGCAGGCGAUGACCAACUCGGAGUCGCUCGACAUCAAGCCGGUGCUGAGCGGCGGCGCCAGCAAGCCCCGCGAAGGUACGCCCACGCAGCCGAGCCAGUCGCCGCCGUUCGCCGGCGGCGUGUACUCGCAGGCGGGUGCGGCGGCCGCCACCGAGUCGGGCCCGCUGGCGGCCAACGCCAGCGGGUUCGUGUCCCCCUACCCGGCCCAGUUCGGGCCCAAGCCGGACAUGUCGCCCCCGCGACCCAAGCAGAAGUCGCGCUCCUCAGCCGAGGGUCGCGAGUGCGUCAACUGCGGGGCCACUUCGACCCCACUCUGGAGACGGGAUGGCAACGGUCACUACCUCUGUAACGCCUGCGGCCUCUACUACAAAAUGAACGGCCAGAACCGACCGCUAACCAAGCCCAAACAGCGCAUGUCGGCGUCACGAAGAGCCGGCACCACCUGCUCCAACUGCAAGACGUCGACGACGACUCUGUGGCGGCGGAACGGCCAGGGCGAGCCGGUCUGCAACGCCUGUGGCCUCUACUACAAACUGCACAACGUGAACCGGCCCAUCACCAUGAAGAAGGAGGGCAUCCAGACCAGGAACAGGAAGCUGUCGGCCAAGUCGAAGAAGAAGGAGCGCUACGGCAUCCAGGAGUUCAUCCGGCCGAUGGAGAAGGUUGGCUUCGGCUUCCCCGGCUCCAACUUCGCUCCGGGCAUGUCGCCGUACAUGGCCUACCCGAACAACAUGCAGUCGAUGGGCAACUUCGCGCCGCAGCCGACCUACUCGGCAAUGCCCAGUAUAGGCAGCCUGGGCAUAGCCACCUCCAACGGCAUGAACGGCUGGCGGAACGACUUCCACUAGGGGCGAGGGCGCAGCAGCCGCGCUCCGGCCGCUCCGGGCCGGUCCGGGAUGGUCCAGGAUGGUCCGGGAUGGUCCGGGAUGGUCCGGGAUGGUCCGCUCGGACCAGGUGACCCGGCGGCGGCGGCGCACGCCCAGCCAUGCCACCAGGUUGCCUAUCUGUGAUAUGCUCUAGUCCAAUAAGAAGAUUGCCUUGUUACCAGCCACAUGGAGAACCUCACCGGGUGUCUGGUUAGAAGGGCCGCCGAAAGGCCGGCUGCUCAGUCGGCGGCUGGCCACCGCCGCCCGGCAGCGUCCGGGACGACCCUGCUCUGUCUGACACCGUGCGAGACACUGACACGUGUCAGACGCCAACUGACACUGUGUCCGCCCCCGGGACAGUGGGGCAGCCGGAGCCACUGGCUACCUCAGAUCACCAGCCCGUCACCGGCCCGUCACCAGUCGGUCACCGGCCCGUCACCGGCCCGUCACCCCGGCCGGGCACCAGCCAGCCGGUGCUGUCCGGCCGCCGCCGACCCCUCUUGCCACUAGCCACUGUCUGUCGGCCGGACCUGGUGACGGACCGGGUGACGGACCGCGUGACGGGUCGCGGUCACUGACGGACCGGGGUACGGACCACGGUCCCUGACAGACGCCGGGCCGGGCCGCCGACCCCUCCCCCGCCACCCCCGGUGCAAUAUUGUCUCCAUAUUCCGGCCGGAGCCGCCGCUCCUCCGCCGGCCGACCGCCACAAACCUACUGUGCAGGCCAUUGUAAAUACACAAACACACUGACGGACGACACACACACACACACACAUACACAGUGGUGAUGACUAUGUGCACUCCAAUGGGGUUUGUUUUUCACGUGCAGUGGAUAUUUGAUUGUGAGCAGCCCGUGUGUCCGGGACAUUCCAAUACUGUUUCCUGGCCGGACCUUCUGUGUAAUUACUGUACAAAUGUCGACAGUUUAGGCCUGAUCUCAUUCCUGAGCGUUAAUGCGAAUGUGUAUCGAGCUUAACAGUGCGACAACCGGUUCUCGUCUUGUAACUGUUCGCGUGUUGUUAACAAUCGAUUCCAGUGUGUUGCGUUAACUGCUUAUGUCUAAAUGCGUCCCGCGUUUGCAUACAUAUAAUUAAUAUUGUGGUAAUAUGAUACAUUGUCAACAGUGUGUUGGAACGCCAUGGAAAAUAAAAAUUAUGGUGGAGUUAA